AUGGCAAUGACAGUCUCAUGGAUUAUAUGGAACGAGAGUUGUGAAGUUAACUUCCAAAACGAAAAGGCUGAACCCUUGGCAGUGGCUAGGAGAGCUAUUAGCUUUGCAACAUAUAUCAGUAAACUGAACUUACAUGAUCAGUUACAAAGCACUAAUACCCAAACUAGCUCUCCCCCAAAACCUGUGUGGAAACCACCACCAAAUCCAUAUCUUGUUAUAAAUUGCGAUGCAUCUUAUGAUACUAAUACUGGACUAACCGGGGUCUCUCUUGUUUUGCGUGAUUCUGCAGGCACUUGGAGGGGAUGCUAUGCAAAAUGCUAUGCAGGAGUAAGCAAUUCAAAACAUGCAGAAUGCUUGGCGUUUUUCGAUGCUGUCAGCUGGAGUAAGGAAUUGCGACAUACUCAUGUAGUUUUCGAGACUGAUCUACGGACAAUUGAAAGCUACAUCAACUCAGCAAAGCCAGUUAUAGCGUGGAAAAAUGAAAGCAUUCUAAUAGAUGCUUUAGACUGUCUUAAGUUUAUUCCUGGUAAUGUCAUUAUAAUUAUAGAGAUUGCAAUAAACUUGCUGAUGAGUUAG